GGAUUUGUAUACUGAUAUAUUUUCUCAACUAUUCUUUCCUUUCUAUGAAUUAUUUACUGGUUUCUGAUGAUGGCUAUGGAAUCCUUUUAUGCAGAAAGAGAAUUGAGAAAACCAGAUGAGUCAAAUUUUGAAUUUACUUCACGGUACUUUCAUCCUUCAUAAUUCAAGCUUCUGUGGCCAUCACAAGGAAUCUUUGUUGUUGCUUCAGCAAAGAUCAUGUUUGUCUCAUCGAAACAGUACUGGAUUUCAGGGUUGUCUAGGUCUUCAAUCAUCUUUUCAAGGAAGUUGUGGGAUAAAAUAUUCUGAAGAGAAAUGCUUGGUCAUCUCUAAGGCCAAAAUCGCUGAUGGAAGAGAACUUGAUGCCAUUCCACCUAUACAAACUCUUAAAGAAUAUCCUAAGGAAGAGCUUUCUGGGAAAGUUGUUAUGGUCCGAUUUGAUUCUAACAUUCUGCUUCGGGAAGCACUGUAUCUAAAGAGUCCAUUAGCUGUUUUUACCAUCAAAUAUUUAUAUAAUGCUGGUGCCAAAGUGGUUCUAGCCAGUAACUGGGGUGGCUCUAGCAUCCCAGUUCAUCUCUCAGAAGAGUCUGUUGCAGAUUAUCUCUCAUCAGUUCUCCAACUCAAAGUGAUACCAGUAAAUUCUGUUUCUGGCUACAUGCAGUCUAAGACGAAAGCACUUGAGGAAGCAGAUGCCAUUCUUCUUGAGAAUCUUUCAAAAUUUAGAGGAGAACUUUCCAAUUGUGCAGUUUUUGCUGAAAAACUAGCGUCAUCAGUUGAUAUUUUUGUUAAUGAUGCAUUCUCCCAAUCUCAUAAAAAUCUUGCAUCAAAUGUUGGUAUUACUCGCUUCUGCUAUGCUUCUGUUGCUGGCUUCCACUUUGAGGAGAACCUGUCUCAACUAAGAGAGGCGACAAAAACUAACAAGUGCCCAUAUUUUGCAAUCAUUGGAGGGGGCCAUCUCAUUGACAAAGCAUCUUCCUUGCAUUUCUUAGCUUCUAAAUGUGAUGGACUGGUGUUUGUUGGUAUGAUGGCCUUUCAAAUAAUGCAUGCUUCAGGCCUGACUGUUCCUGUGAAUUUGGUAGACCCCUCUGCAACUGAAGAUUCUUUGAAGAUAAUUCAGCUUGCAAAUUGUAGAAAAAUACCAGUUGUAUGCCCGAAGGACUUUUGGUGUGCAAAUGAUCAUCUUCCAAAGCGGUUGGAUUUAUUUCCUAUGAAUGGGAUUGUGGAAGGUUGGGAGCCUGUUGAUCUUGGACCAGUUUCCUUGGGCGAGAUUUUCUCUUUGCUUUCAAAGGCCAAGAAAAUUUUGUGGAUUGGACCACUAAAAUUCAGGUCUACAGGAGAGAAUACAUAUGGAACAUAUAAGUUGGUGAUGCUGCUUGAAAAAUUAAUUCAAAAUGAUUGUGAUGUAACUGUUGUUGGGAGUGCUGCAUCCAAAGCAAUAAUGGAGACAGCAAGAUCUCCCUCAGUUUACAAUAUUGUUGCAAGCGCUGCCGUUAUGUGGGAAUUUCUUAGAGGAAGAAAGCUUCCAGGGCUCUCGGCUUUAGAUAGGGUAUAUCCUUUCAAGAUUGGCUGGGUUUGGGCAUAUGAAUGA